AUGAUGAUACAGAAAUAACUUGGAAUAAUGAAGAAAUAACAGAAGAAAUUAUACCAGUAUUAGAACAAGAUAUCAAUCUUUUGAAAUAUCAUAAUCCUAUGGUAAUUGAAGAUUUUUUGAAUCUAAAAGAUGAAGUUUUAGUUGAAAAAGAUUUAACUGAAAAAGAAAUUGUCAAGCUUAUUUGUGAUUCAAAUGAAUUGGAAAAUGAAAUUGAAGAUGAUAGUUCAGAAAUUCCAUUGGUACCAAUUGGAGAAGUGAUAGAAUCAUUAAAUAAGAACGAUCUUAAAACUGCAGGCUACAAUGAAGAUUAUCUCUCCCCACCCGACGAAGAGAAAAUGGAGGAAGUGGCACCUUCUGCAAAUGAGAUCUAUUAUUAUAUCGAAAAUGACAAUGCACCAAGCAUUGUGCAUGACACGAACAAACAGUACUCAAGUCGAAAGGUGCCGGCAAGGGCCCUAAAAGAACAACCGGGCUUGGCCAGAGAUAGACAAGGACAAAAGGAGAUGGUGGAGGAAAAAAUAGAAGGGAUGCAAGUGGACGA